UACCGUAUCCCUACCGCUUUUAAUCUUAGGGCAUUUCGCUUCGCGUAUAACGGUGUGUCAUGCCCAAGUCAAAGCGAGCUAAGCUCGUUUCCUUGACCAAGGUCGCGAAGAAAACUAGGGAACAAAAGGGCGCACUCAUAACAGAGGUGCAAGAGAACGCAGACAAAUGGCAGUAUUGCUGGCUGUUCGAAGUUGGGAACAUGAGGAACACGCACCUGAAGAUUGUACGCAAGCUUUGGAAGGACUCAGCGCGGAUAUUCUUUGGCAGAGGAGCCGUUAUGGCAAAGGCACUUGGUACGACGCCAGAGGAGGAGUACAAGCUCGGUCUCCAAAAAAUUGCACAGCAAAUAAAAGGUCAAGUCGGCUUGAUGUUCACCGACUCGCCACCAGAAGAGGUCAUUGCCUGGUUCGAUGACUUCCACCCACCGGACUUCGCGCGGUCGGGGAACAGAGCGACACAGAUGUUUGUACUCCCUGCAGGUCCAGUCAUGCAGCAGCACUCCGACCCACCCGAGCCAUUCCCCCACAACGAAGAGCCCCAGCUCCGCAAGCUCGGUCUCCACACGAAGAUGGUCCGCGGCGUGCCGACGCUAGAUACCCCGCACACCAUCUGCGAGAAGGGCAAGGUGCUUACACCUGAGCAGGCACAGCUGCUCAAGCUCAUCGGGAUCAAGAUGGUGGAGUUCAGGGUAGCGCUCCGUGCGCGGUGGUCCGCGGCGAACGGCGAGGUCGUCCAGAUCGAGGGCCAGCAGCUGUCAGAGGAUGCGAGUGGUGAAGAUGAAGGCGAGAUUGACGAAGAUGCAAUGGGCGACUAGUCGUAAGCCCGUCUAUUUGUUGCGUGUGCUCUCGUGUUAUCUUUGCUGUAGCGCUAUCUCUCCAGGGUUAUAUCGCCCAAGCUCAUGUAUAAUUCUCCAGUGCCUCCCGAACGCCAAACGCUCUCACAGGCCACCUUGUCAUAGAGAGUUCACAGUAUACACCUCCCUUGCUUUACUCAUCCGGUAACUCUUUUGGUUAUCAUUAUUACGAUCUGG